AAUGACCCUAUUAUUACUAAUUAUUAUUAUUAUUAUUAUUAUUAUUUUUAUUUUUAUACAAAAUUCGAAUUAUAUAUUGCUCUAUGUCUGUUCUCCGACUUAAGUUUAACUGUAGCAUAUCUCGGCAACUAAUCCUCCAUUACACUAUCACCAGAAGCCACAAACUUUCAGUAAAUCUCCCUUUCUCUAUAUCCGUAAGACUGUAAGAGUAUAAUGUGGUAUAUGUGGAUUCAAACUGUUUGUGACUUUGUGUAUUAUAAGAAAUAAGAAACAGUUUUAAUGAAUUUGUUUUCUACAAAAACCAUUGUUGAUGUAUUUGGAGUAAAGUUUUAAUCUACACUGUUAUGUCUGUAUGAUCACUGCUGUCACAUCUGGAAUUUUGACUUGCGGUUGAGGAUCUGAGAACAAUGCGAAUCGUGUAUUUGAAGCUUUUCUGGUCGUUUUGGUUGUUACAUGUGUCUGUAUAUGUAGUAUGUACUGGUAGGGAGGGGGCACUUGUUUCGUAGACAUAAGUGAAUGUUUACUUGCGGAUUUCUCAUUCGUUCGGGAUUCAGUUGGAAUUGUGAAAUUGGGGUUUCAUUUUAGCCGAAUCUGCAUUGCGGUGUACUGUUUUAGUGUUUCCAAAGAAACCCCUUUGAAGUGAGAAGAAAUGACGGGUUUGCUGAUUAUUCAACCUCUUGAUCUCAAAUUCACAUUUGAGUUGCUGAAGCAAAGUUCCUGUUCUGUUACUCUAAUCAAUACCACAGCUCAAUGUGUAGCAUUUAAGGUAAAAACAACAUCACCUAAAAAAUACUGUGUCACACCUAAUAUAGGCAUCAUCAAGCCAAACUCAACAAUUAAUUUCAGAGUUACUAUGCAAGCUCAGAGGACUGCUCCAGUUGAUAUGCAAUGCAAGGAUAAAUUCUUAAUUCAGAGCACUAUUGUGCCCCAUGAGAAGAUGGAAGACAAAACUAUUUCUGAAAUGUUCAUGAAGGAUAAAGGAAACUACAUCCAAGAGAACAAGCUAAGGGUCUUUCUGAUCAGCCCUCCACAGUCUCCGGUUUUGCAGCCAGUUAAUGGAGUCCCGAAGGAAGACUCUCCUGACAACUCUCCAACUUUGAAAGAAAAGUUGCAGAUUGGAGUUGAAAAUCUUCCUCCACCUCAAGAGUGGCAGCAUACUGAGAAGAUUGAGGAUACUGAAGUUGGUGCUUGGAAGGACCCAAGGUUUGGAAAGAUUAUGGAAGUUGAUUUGGCUCAUCCUAAGCAUAAGCUCAAUAGAGAUAAGGUUGCAGAACCAAUAUCUGUGGAGGUUAAAGAAACAACAGAGGUGACCUCUUCCAAAAGCUUUGAGGAAAUGAAGGCGAAGCUGGGUGUUGAAUCAGUAUCUGUGGCGGGGGAUAUACAAACAGGAGUGGCAUUUUCCAAAAACUUUGAGGAGUUGACGACAAAGCUAAGUGUGAAUCCAGGUUAUGCAAAGGAAUUUUCUGGUGUACAAACGGACUCUGAGCAGUCGAAGCCAAAGUUAGGUGUAGAGCCAAGACCAGUGGAGUAUGUUGGAACAGCACAAGUGUUGUUACCCAAAGACAAUGAGAAGUUGAAGGAAAAGUUUGUGGCGGGUUCAAGAUCCAUGGAGGAUGUAGAAACAACAGAACAUGUAUCUUCCAAAGACAUUGUGGAGUUGAAGGAAAAGCUAGGUGUUCUGAACUUAAAGCUGAUUGAGGCAGAACAAACAGUUUUAAAGUUAAACCAAGAGAAGGAAACAAUUGCUAAAGAGAAGGAAACACUGAUGCAGGAAAAGGUUCUUUUGAGGAGGAAGACUGGUUCGAGGAAAGUUCAAGUGGGAUUCCCUCCUCUAUUUGUUUGCAUGGUGGCACUUGUUGGUUUAGCAGUGGGAUUCCUUUUACGGUCUUAGUGCCAGUGGGUAUUAUGUGUUCUUCCUUGAGUUUCCGAAGAGUCAAAUUCCCCUAGCAGCAAAAUGCUCUCCAAAUCCAACAUUGAAUGAAAAUAUCUUUGUAAUGUUCAACAGAAAGAGAAGAUUGUUAUUAUGUCUUAACAAUAGGGAUUACUUUUCUUUAUAUUAAUAUACGUAGUAUUUAAAUUAUCUGUAGUUCUUCCUCUUUCAUUUUGUCGUGCAUAUUUUAUUAUAUUGGUGAUGGCAUAAAUAUCCAUAAAGAAAUUAUCAGAUUAAGUUAAUU